GAUGGGACCCUCAGGUCCUGGCCUGCCCCAAGCUCGGCAGACCUGCGGGGCCCCCAGCGAGGAGAUGCUGGCAGAGCUGGAGUUCUGUCUGCUGCUGGCAGUGACACUGCUGAGCCCAGUCCCCAGGGCCCAAGCCAUGGAAGGUGUCAAAUGUGGGGGUGUGCUCUCAGCACCUUCUGGAAACUUCUCCAGCCCCAACUUCCCCAGGCUCUACCCCUACAACACGGAGUGCAUCUGGCUGAUUGUGGUAGCUGAGGGCUCCUCCGUGCUGCUCACCUUCCACGCCUUCGACCUGGAGUACCAUGACACCUGCAGCUUCGACUUCCUGGAGAUCUACAACGGGGCCUCCGGAGACCAGGGCAACCUGCUGGGGAGGUUCUGCGGCCAGGUGCCCCCACCGCCCUUCGCCUCCUCCUGGAACGUCAUGUCUGUGGUCUUCCACUCAGACAAGCACGUGGCCAGCCGAGGCUUUUCUGCAGGCUACCAGAAAGAUGUGUGUGGUGGCGUCCUGACGGGCCUGUCGGGGGUCCUCACCAGCCCCGAGCACCCCAACAACUACCCCAACAAUGUGGAGUGCCGCUGGGUGAUCCGAGCCUCUGGCCCCGCCACCGUCAAGCUGGUCUUCGUGGACUUCCAGGUGGAGGGCAGCGAGCAGUGCACCUACGACUACGUGGCUGUGCUUGGGGGGCCCGGCCCCGCCCAUGGGCACCACUACUGCGGCAGCUCCAGGCCCCCCACGCUCGUGUCGCUGGGCCACGAGCUGCAGGUGGUCUUCAAGUCUGACUUUAACAUCGGGGGCCGGGGCUUCAAGGCCUACUACUUCUCAGGAGAAUGCCAGGAGGUAUACACGGCGGUGCGGGGCAACUUCUCCAGCCCACAGUACCCCAGCUCCUACCCCAACCACAUCCGGUGCCACUGGACCAUCCGCCUGCCUCUUGGCUACCGGGUCAAAGUGUUCUUCCUGGACCUGGAACUGGAGGGGCCCAACAGCCUGACCAAGACCUGUGACUUUGACCAUCUGGCAGCCUUUGACGGGGCCAGCGAGGAGGCGCCCCUGCUGGGCAGUUGGUGUGGCCACCACCUGCCACCACCGGUCACCUCGAGUCACAACCAGCUCCUGCUUCUGCUGCACACAGACCGUAGCACCACCCGCAGGGGCUUCUCUGUGGCCUACAUUGGAGUGGUCCCCAUGAACGUGAGCUGCUCCCGCACGGACUUCCAGAUCCUGAUCUCCGCGCAGGCAGUGGCCCCGCUAGAACGGACCAAAGUCUACCUGGGCAGCCGGAGCUGCGCUGCUCAGGAAGUCGGCAGCAACUUCCGGAUCCAGGCCCGCUUUGACACCUGCGGCACUGAGUCUCAGAGAAGAAAUAACACUUCAGUGAUCGUCAGCGUGCUGUACAUCGACUUCUCAGCCGGUGGGCAGGAGGAUAUCCACGAAUACGAGGUCCGCUGUGAGCCGAGGCGAAAGGAGGCCUCUGUCCACCUGCUGUCCGGCUCCCACUGGCUUGGGCCCUAUGCUGCCACGGCAGAGCACCUUCAGGAGGCACCACCCAGGGACGAGGCAGAGGCACUGGAGGGCCCCGUGGCCAUGGUGGCCCAGGACACCAGUGACAUCAUCUUCCUGGGCCUUUGCAUCCUGGCUGGAGUCCUCAUGGUCAUUGCCAUAGUGGUCCUGAUGCUGCUGUAAGCAGGGAGGGUAGGGAAGUGGCAUCUGGCAUCCCUGGGAGGCAGCUUGGGCACCCCACAACAGGGGCAGGACCAGGCCUUGCUGACUUUAUGAUGACCAUGGGCAAGUCACUAUCCCCCUCUGAGCCUCAGUUUCCUGGGGACCUUUACUCUGCCCUGCUUAUCUCACAGGGCUGGCGUGAGGCUCAGAGAAGAGGAUGGAUAAGAGCUGCGUAAACUAUAGCAUGCCAUGCAUGUGUGUGCAAUUGUUGUUGUUGUUGUUAUUAAUUUUGAAGAUUUUCUGCUAUAG